AUGGCUGAUGUCGAAGAGCCCAAGUUCAACACUCUCGCUGAGAGAAUUGCUGCUCUAAACCAGCAGAAAAACUUCCAGGCCCCAGAGGCAAAGGCGAAAAGGCCACCGCCGCCCCCUCCACCCAAUCGACCUGUUCCGCGAAGCCAGACCUUACCUGUUGUCCAGACAAAUGGACAGCCGACUCCUCAAAAGAGUCCCGUCAUACCUCCCAGGCCGACCAAAACCGCGCCGGUGAAGGCAAACCCACCACCGCUACCACGUCGAACCACCGAUUCUCCUUACCUGGAGCCAUCCACCUCGCCCGCACCGAGGGAUCGAAUCGCCCCUCCACCUCUUCCUACUCGCUCCUCAACCCAACAGAUCUCGCCUGCUCUGCCCCCUCGAAGACCUUCCAACCAGCAAUUAGAAGUCCGCCGCAACUCAAAUGCUUCUGAGAUUUCCAACCUUUCGUCACUGUCUCUCAAUCAGACAGUAUCCUCUGCCACCAGCAUUGCCUCUGAUGGACCUUCCCGGAAGCUACCUCCAGCUUUCGACCAAGCCAGUCUACCAGCAUUACCACCAACAAAGCGUGAACGAGAGGCCCAAGCAAGAGAUGCUGCCGCUAGAGAACCGCCGCAACCCAAACAUGCACUCGUCUCCGUCAAGUCUUCGCCUAUUGUCCGACAAAUCGAGCCGCCUCAGAGGCCUGCUUUGCCCCCGCGAAUGACCUCCAAUUCAGCCAGUCAGCAAGUUCACAAACCCGCCUUGGAGCAAGAUGAAGCGCCAGCAAAGCCCAGACGGUUACCGCCUCCCCCUACGGCGUAUGUCAAGUCGCAACCGCAAACAAACGGCCACGGCCAAGAGCAGCAACAUGCAAACCCACCUCCUUUGCCAGGCAAACGGCCAAGUGCAACCCGUGCUACCGAUGACGCGCCUCCUCCCGUGCCCCUCAGUUCCCGGCCAAGCGCUGCACAGAUCCAGGCUGUCGAAGCCAAAAUUAUUGCGCGUGCUAAUGAGUGUUUGAUCUGCCGUGACUUUUCCGGACCGGAUAAUCUUGCCCUCCAACACCCUAGGCAUACGGUUCCGAGAAAUGACCCAACUGGUUACUUGGCUCAUGUUCUGUGUGCUCCAUUCUCAUCCCCCACGGACAAGGCGCGGGCCAUCUUCACCUGGUGCCACUACAACAUCGCUUACGACUGCCCAGCCUUUUUCAACAAGAAUAUCAAAGAUCAGACAGGAGUCAACACCAUCCUCACAGGCAAGGCUGUUUGUGCAGGCUAUGCAGAGACGUUCAAAGAUGUUGCGAUCCGCGCAGGCCUCGAGUGUAUCGUCGUUAGCGGACAUGGCAAGGGCUACGGGUACACGCCCCUGAAGAAGGGGGAACGCCCCCCAAAACAAGAUACCAACCAUGCAUGGAAUGCAGUACGCAUCGACGGUGGUGAAUGGAAGCUCAUUGAUGCUUGCUGGGGAUCCGGUCAUCUCGACAUGGCGACCAAUGACUACGCGGCGAGGUUUGAACCGCUCGAAUUCACAAGGAGUAACGAAGUCUUUGGUCUCACUCAUUUCCCCGAAGACAGAAGCAAGUUUUUCCGGUCUGACGGCAGGUCGCUGACAUGGGAGGAAUACUACAUCGGCCCUGUGCAUGGGGAGCCGCCCGUCAUCUACGGCGAUGCCUCUGCGGAGGGCAUAGCUCCCAUGUCGGUGACUCCUCCGCUGCUACACAUACCCGUACACAGCGGCCAGGUGGUGCGCUUCCAGUUCUCAAAGAUUUGCGAGCAUUGGACUUCGGAGAAGCACGGGCUAGGCAAGCCGCCUUUGUUCUUGUUAAGCAUCAACGGACGCGAUGGUCGGAAGCAGGACAUGGUGCCGAUGGAGACGGACGGGUACUGGCACUGGCUGGACGUCAACGCGGUAGACCUCGGCGUGCCGGGCGGCAGCGUCAGCGUCCUGAUGGUCACGACCUUUGGCAACGAGGACGCGAGAGGCUUGACCAAACAGGGCUACCUGGCGAAGAAGGGCAGGGUCGGCAUGAGCUUCGCCGGCAUUAUGAAGUGGGAUCUGAUUUGA